AUGGCAGCCACAACCACCGCCUUGACUAUCAGAGAAUUGGAGAACUCCUUCGUGCCCAAGUUGCUAAAUUGUAAAACCGGGCCAGGGUUGAAGAAAAUUCACGCUCAAAUGGUGAAGCACUCCUUAUCCCAGAGCAAUUUCUUGGUGACAAAAAUGGUGGAUGUGUGCGACUACAGUGGGAAUGUAGACUAUGCUAGCUUGCUAUUCAAACAAGUUGUGGAGCCAAAUGUGUUUCUGUUCAAUGCGAUGAUCCGAGCUUAUACGCAUAAUCAUAUCUAUGGUUUGGCGAUAACUUUGUAUAAGCAGAUGCUGAGAAACCCAGAAUCUGGAAACCCUAUUUUUCCAGACAAAUUCACAUUCCCGUUUGUUAUAAAAUGUUGUGCAGCGCUAUAUAGUGAAGAUUUUGGGAGGCAAGUUCAUGGUCAAGUAUGUAAAAUUGGGCCAGAGUCGCAUCUGCUGAUUGAGAAUGCACUGGUGGAUUUUUAUACCAAGUGUGAUCAUUUGAGGGAUGCACAUAAGGUGUUUGAGGAAAUGACUGAGAGAGAUGUGAUUACUUGGAAUAGUCUUCUUACAGGGUAUGUUAGGUUGGGGCAGAUGAGAAAGGCAGGAGCAGUGUUUGAGGAAAUUCCUGACAAGACUAUUGUGUCUUGGACAGCAAUGGUUUCAGGGUACACUCGAAUCGGGUGUUAUGGGGAUGCUUUGGAGAUUUUUCGACGAAUGCAAAUGCUGGGUAUUGAGCCUGAUGAGAUCAGUGUUGUUGCUGUUUUGCCAGCAUGCUCACAGCUUGGAGCUCUUGAGGUUGGGAAAUGGAUUCACAGGUACUCGGAUAAAAAGCGGCUGCUACAGUCGGUCUCUGUGUGCAAUGCCCUGAUUGAAAUGUAUGUCAAAUGCGGUUGCAUUGAUCAAGCUUGGCAGUUGUUUGAUCAGAUGUUGGAGAGGGAUGUGAUUUCUUGGAGUACCGUGAUUGCCGGACUGGCGAAUAAUGGUAAAGCUCGCGAAGCAGUUGAGCUCUUUCAAGAGAUGCAGAGAGCGAAAAUUGAACCCAAUGGGAUUACAUUUCUUGGUCUUUUAUCAGCCUGCAGCCAUGCUGGUUUAUGGAAGGAGGGACUCGAGUAUUUUGACUCUAUGAGAGAUGAGUAUAAAAUAGAGCCAGGAAUUGAGCAUUAUGGUUGUUUAGUUGAUCUUCUGGGACGUGCCGGGCACCUUGAUCAGGCUCUCGACAAAAUAAAGCAGAUGCCAAUGAAGCCAGACUCAAAGAUUUGGGGCUCCUUGUUAAGCUCUUGCAGGACGUAUUGCAAUCUUGAGAUUGCUCUAGUUGCAAUGGAGCAACUUCAAGAGCUUGAACCAGAUGAUGCAGGAAACUAUGUACUACUUUCCAAUAUAUAUGCAGACCUGGGGAGGUGGGAGGAUGUGUCGAGGAUGAGGAAACUCAUAAGAAGCAAAAGCAUGAAGAAAACCCCAGGUUGCAGUUUGAUCGAGGUUAACAAUGCAGUUUUAGAAUUCGUAUCAGGGGAUGAUACAAAACCAUUUGCAAAGGACAUAUUUUCCAUGCUAGAGCUGCUGGUUUCACACCAAAGCAUACCAGAUGAUAACAUUGAAGCUGUGUCAGAGGAUUGCUGCUGAAUUUUGUGCUAAAAUCAAGGUAUAAUCUAGCCGAAAUGUUAUAUCUUGGCCAAUAUGCUGUCGGUUUUCUUUCGUGGGUAACAAGAACAGGGGAUUUGCGGUAGUCAGCAAGUAUACACAACAAACCAAUACAAACCAGGGGAGCAAUGAUCUCAUCA